AUUUUCUGUUAGGGUUUACUCCCUUAGCCUUAGACCUUACAGGGACACACACACAAGGCAGUGCGGCUAUUGACCUAUAGCUAGGGGUUUGGUUUGUGGGCAACAGGGCGUGUCCGCUCGCCGACGGGCCAUGCCUGCCUCACAUCUUGGGGCCAGCCCUCCUCCGAGACCCUUGCAGUUUAGCCUGAGGCUUCGCAGCCUCAGUUUCCAUCUGCCACCACGAGGAGGUACUGCAUAGGACUUGCUGUGGAGAGGCUAUGUACUGGCAAGAGAGACUUACAAAAUUGCUCCCCUUUCACAGAUGCUAGCCAGCGGUGGCAACAAGUUAAGCUACCACACUAGACGCUUCACACAGCCAUUGGACACUCAAAGAAAGAGUACAUGCUUGAGGUAACAAAAAGUGAAUUAAGCGACAUUUCUGUUUUUCAAGUUAUAGGCGUCUACACGGUUACCUACACACAUCAUCUCCCUUUCCAAGUCUGACAGCCAUCACAUCAAUAUUAAGUUGUUUUUUUUCCGACAACGGACGAGCAAAGUUUACUUGGCCAGACUUUAUCGAGGCUUUCUUCUAAAUAAAAAUAACACCUCGCAGAAAUGACUUCGGCAGCAUUCUUUCAAUAACUUUACAAGUGAAUCAAGUCUGCAUUGCGAAAGCUCAGAACUUUUGAUAUAAUAAAUCUGAUUGAUAAAAGAGAAUUUAAAAAAAAACAUACCUAAGAUAUUGAAACUUCUGUUGUUGAGUAAUGAAAAUUUGACUUUAUAUAAGAUUCAUGUCUAUAGUUUCAUUCAAUGCUCACGUCACCUAGACAAGGCUCUAAUUACAAAUGUCGCAUACGAUGAGUAGACUCUCUUUGGUCUGUCUAUCCAACAAGCGGCAGACGAGCUAUUGGCUCCUUCCUGUUUUUACGGUUUAUUAUUUUCUGCAGGCCCUGUGCAGCAUUAUCAACAAUUUUCUCUUCAUCUGUAUACACAAGUUUCGCCUUUUAAUGGAAGCUGCCACCUACAUGUCAAUCCGCCAUGUAAAACACGCACUCUCUGUAUUGACGUUGGUGGGUUGCGUAUUCAUUAUUAUCGCUUUCAGUGCCGGCGGAGCAAUACAUUCCAAUGUGACCUUUACAGAAGCUCACGGAUACCCAGUUACUUUUCUAUUAUACUUCUUACAGUUCUCAGUCGUAGUCCAACUUCCAUUUUUUAUUCUCAAUUUUCUUGGGCUGGUUCUUCUGAACGUCUUUACGGAACAGCCAAAGCUUCAACGCUCGCCGUUGUUAGGGCCAUUCUUGUGCUUCCGGGUUGUUACCAGGGGAACGUACCCUGACUUGGUCAAGAAAAACGUCCAGCAUAAUCUAGAGAUUUGCAAAAAUGUCGGUCUUCAUAACUUCAUCGUAGAGGUGGUCACUGAUGUUUCGGUGAACAUUCAAAAGAACAAACUAUGCAGGGAGAUUGUGGUGCCAGAGGACUACAGAACAGGCAGCGGCUCCUUAUUCAAAGCGAGGGCGCUGCAGUACGCUCUAGAACCGGAAAUCAGUAUUCUCGAGCCGGGUGACUGGAUAGUUCAUUUAGACGAGGAAACUCUACUGACAGAGGGCGCUGUCAUCGGGAUCAUUAACUUCACAGGAACGACAGAGCACGCGUUUGGACAAGGAGUCAUUACGUACGGCAACGGAGAGAUAGUGAAUUGGGUAACCACCUUAGCGGACUCUAUUCGGGUCGGAAUAGACUACGGUUGCCUCCGAUUUUGCCUAGGAGUUCUCCACAAGCCUUUAUUCAGUUGGAAAGGAUCUUUCAUCGUUGCUAAAGCGGAAGCGGAAAUGACAGUCAGCUUCGAUCAUGGGCCCGAGGCUUCCAUUGCUGAGGAUUGUUUCUUUGCGUGUGUUGCUUUUAGCAAAGGCUUCAGCUUCGGGUUCGUGGACGGGACCAUGUUUGAGCAAAGCACAUUCACGAUCAAAGACUUCGUCAGGCAGCGUCGCCGCUGGAUGCAAGGUAUUCUCCUCACGGCUUUGAGUAAGAAAAUUCCUUUAAGGUAUAAAUUUGGCCCAGUCCUUAUGAGCUUGUCCAGCUGCAUACUGCCGCUGAACCUGCUUCUUUUUUUGGUCAGUCGUGUCUGGUCACUGCCAUCUUCGGUAUUCAUCACCGUCACUUUCAGCAUAAUUUUAGGUACAAUUAUCUAUCUAUUCAUCUUGGGAACUCUGCAGACUUUUGGAGUUCACCAGCAUGGUGUCUGGAAAUGCUUCCUUCUUGUGUGUGCAACACUGCUCUGUGGAAUGGUAGCCUGUUGUCUAGAAUAUCUAGUUGCGGUCCUCGUAUUUUGGAUGCCUAAGACUACAAUUAAUAACUUUUAUAUAGUAAAUAAGGAGAUAGUUUCAAAGGAUUAUGUCAAAGUUGUUUAACAUUAGCUUUAAUUAGGAUAAACAGUUGAACAACAGCUCUAGUUUCCAAAAAAAAUUGAUUCCAAAUAUUCACUGACGUUAAUAUGAUAAUGAAUUGAUUUAAAUUAUUUAUGACAAUUUUAUUCAUUUAAAAUUUGAAUUGGAAACCUUGCUAUAGAUGUACAUAAUAUUUAUUACUUUUAUUAAAAAAUAGAUAGAUAAAUCAACAAUAUUCUGUAACUGUGAUUUUGAGAUAUUUUUUUUUUUAAAUUUGUAUGACUAGUCAACAUGAACAUUAUCUAAUAAAUUAUUCAUGUUAUUAUUAUAGUAAAGUAAAACGUUAAUCGCCCCAUGCAAAAAAAAAUGAUUAGCAUUCUAAUUAUUUAUAGACAUUGUCUAUGUAUAUAGAUCUAUAUCUUAGUGAGUAUCACGUGAUAACCCUCUUUCCUAUCUAGAAGUUAAUUUUGACUAAUGAAGAACACUGAAGAUAAAACCUAGAGACCCAAGAUGUGGUUGUAAUUUUCAUUUCAAAAUUUUAUUAUUAACUUCUUUUUUUUUUUUACACACUUCUUGUGAGGUUUGAUACAAUUCUAUAUAUAUAUAUUUUACUUUAAUGUGCAAAAAUAUAAAAUAUAUAGUUCAGCCCUCCAAUGCCACAAAUCUGAAUUCCAUUCAAUUAAUUAAUUUCAAUAUUUUAUGAAGAAUAUUUUUUUAGAAGUGUGAACUGUAUUCAAUUUCAAUGUUAGAAUUUGUAAUUGACUAUAUUUUUACUCUAAUUAAUUUGUAUUAUAGCAAUGAUUUUGUAAAUACUUGGUUAUUUUUGUAUGAUGAUCUAUGUUUAUUUUGUAUAUUUAUAAGGGUAAAAUCAAUGUGUAAUUAUCAUUUUAUAUAAUUUUUUUUUAAGAAUUGCAAAAUAAAACUAUUAAAUGCCUUUU